AUGCCCGUCAAACUUGUUCGUACCGAUGUUGAUACCCUAAAAAAGAUUACACUAACUCCUGGAAGCCAUAUUAUAGGAAGAGGAGAACUUUUAGAAGUGUUUGAUAAGCGGGUGUCCAGAAAGCAUGCAAAGAUUGAAGUGAAAAAUGAUUCUAUUGUUGUUAACGCUCUCCACCACAAUCCUGUAUUCUAUACCAAAAGAGGUUCCAGUAAAUCGGAAGCAUUAGCUUUAAAUUCUAUGGUAGUGUUAUCUAAUGGUGACAAAAUUGGGUUGUUACCCAGAACAUACUGGUUUGAAAUAAUUGUUGUGGAUGAAAAAAAUUCUUCAGAACAAACAAAUAAUAUUGAAGAAAAUAAAAAUGAAGAUGUAACAAAAACAUCGGAAGAAACAUUGAGUCAUCAAACAUUUAUAUCAUCUCAUGAUGACAACAUUCAGCAAGCUGAAAUAUUCCAAGAACCAAAUACUGAGCAAUUAGACAACACACAAGAACAUAACUUGACCGCAUCACCAACAAAACGAAGACGAAGUGCCUCAGAGGAUACUUUAAAUUUUGAUUCAGAAAGUCAAAACAGUGAGUCUGAUCCUAUAAAGAAGAUCAAAUUGGAGCCACCUGACAGCAGUUAUGGAAAUGCUCAGCAGGGGAUAAGUGAUGCUAACAUGGCUUCCAGUUCAAGUGUUCAUCAAGGCAAUCCCUCAAGUGUUAGAGAAAGGUGUUACUAUGGGGCAAGAUGUUACAGACGCAAUCCAGUUCACUUGGUACAAUACAGUCAUCCAAGAGAUUCUGAUUGGGGAACAAGUGAUAGGGGUGUAUGCCCUAAUGGAGCGUACUGCACAAAGAAUGAUCCAAGGCAUUGGGAUACCCAUACCCAUCCGCCAGGGACCACACGGCUACCGCAGCUACAUGGUAAAACUAAGACCAAAAAGAAAAAAAAACAGGUAGAAGAUACAACCGAUGAAUCUGAUCAAGAUUUGACUGGAUUAAAUAUAAGAGCUCGUCGGAGAAACAGAGGAAGUAGUGUAUCUGAUCCAUAUGGAUCAGAUUUUGAUCUUGAUUGUUCAGGCUCAGAGCCAGACCCCUAUGGGUCAGAUGAAUCAGAUGAAUGGCAUCCACUAGAUGGUAAAUAA